AUGGCAAGUGGAAAGCAAGAGGAUAUUACGAUCAAAUACACGAUACGUAACACAGUAGCUGAACCUAUGUUUAAAUAUGAACAGAAAGUGACGUCAAAGGCUGGUCAACCAUUCAUCAGGUUUAUGGAGCAGGCGGCUGAGAACGAUAAAAACUUUCAGUUUUCAGCAACAUGUUAUGGUAAAAUGGGAUACUUUAUAGAAAAGCUGGGGGGUAAAGAGAGCGUUACUGGUUUGUCCUACUGGCAGUUCAAGAAGGCGCCAUCUACAGUACUGGGAGUUGGUAAUAGUUUGACUUAUCAUAAUGAAAUGAAAUUCAGCACUAAGGAUCAAGACAAUGAUAGAUUUAGUGGUUAUAACUAUGCUACAUCACAUCACGGAGCCUGGUGGUACAAAUACUGUCACAGAUCAAACCUUAACGGAGAGUAUGCCAAUUCAAACGUGAUUAAUAGUAAAUAUGCAGUAUGGUAUCACUGGAAAAGAAUUUUCGAAGCUCUUCAAAAGACGGUGUUGAUGAUAAAAGCUUAA